UGCUCGAUCAGCAACAAACUCCCCACGCCACCACCACACACCCAAUGUUCGGUCUGCAGCGCACUCUCCCCGGCACUACUCCCCCAGCCUGACCAUCCGGUCCGGCCUGACCACGCCCAUGGGAUCGGCGAGAGGCUCGGCAGCUUUUAUGGUGGAUCAGAUGGUGGGGGACGCGUGGGACGUGCUGAGGCGCUCCCUGGUGCUCUUUCGGGGGAAGCCCGUGGGGACCAUCGCAGCCAUGGACAACACAGAGUCGGCUCUCAACUACGACCAGGUGUUUGUGCGUGACUUUGUGCCGAGCGCGCUGGCGUUUCUGAUCAACGGGGAGCACAGCAUCGUCGAGAACUUCCUCCUCAAGACGCUCCGGCUGCAGGCGUGGGAGAAGCGGGUGGACGUGUUCACUCUAGGGGAAGGAGUCAUGCCCGCGUCCUUCAAAGUUCUGCACGACCCGAAGCGCGGCACCGACACCAUGAUAGCUGACUUUGGGGAGAGCGCUAUCGGGCGUGUGGCCCCCGUUGACAGUGGCUUCUGGUGGAUCUUCCUUCUUCGCGCUUACGUCAAGGCCACAGGCGAUCAAGCGUUGGCCGACUCACCGGACUGCCAGAGGGGCAUGAGGCUGAUUCUCGACCUGUGUCUGGCGGAUGGGUUUGACACCUUCCCCACGCUGCUAUGUGCUGAUGGCUGCUGCAUGAUCGAUCGACGCAUGGGCAUUUACGGGUACCCGAUAGAGAUCCAAUCACUGUUCUACAUGGCACUGAGAGUGGCGCGCUCACUGCUUCGGGCGGACCUGCCGAUAAACAAGGACCUGCUGGACCGCAUUGACAAGCGCCUCAUAGCGCUCACCUUCCACAUGCGCACCUACUUUUGGCUGGAUCACGAGCAGCUGAACAGCAUAUACCGGUACAAGACGGAGGAGUAUUCACACACGGCGGUGAACAAGUUCAACGUCAUCCCCGAAUCCAUCCCCGACUGGCUCUUUGACUUCAUGCCGCUCAAGGGCGGCUACUUCAUUGGGAACGUUUCCCCCGCUCGCAUGGACUUCCGCUGGUUCACCCUGGGCAACUGCAUUGCCAUCCUCUCCUGCAUGGCAACGGGCGAGCAGGCGGCAGCAAUCAUGGACCUUAUAGAGGAGCGCUGGGACGAGCUUAUAGGGGAGAUGCCGCUCAAAGUGACCUACCCUGCGUUGGAGGGGCAUGAGUGGAGGAUCACGACGGGGUGUGAUCCGAAGAACACCCGGUGGAGCUACCACAACGGAGGGUCGUGGCCGGUGCUGCUGUGGAUGCUCACGGCUGCGAGCAUCAAAGUGGGCCGCCCACACGUUGCGCGCCGGGCAAUAGACGUGGCGGAAAAGAGACUCUCACGGGACAACUGGCCUGAGUACUACGAUGGGAAGCUCGGGCGGUAUGUGGGGAAGCAGGCGCGCAAGCAGCAGACGUGGAGCGUGGCGGGGUACCUAGUGGCGAAAAUGAUGCUGGAGGAUCCGAGUCAUUUGGGGAUGGUGGCGUUGGAGGAGGAGAAGAUGCUGCAGCAGCCGGUGAUCACUCGCUGGAGGGGAACGGGGGUGAAUGGCGGAGGAUGUGGGGUGGCGAAAAUGAUGCUGGAAGAUCUGAGCCAUCUGGGGAUGGUGGCGUUGGAAGAGGAGAAGAUGCUGCAGCAGCCGGUGAUCACUCGGUCGCACUCUUGGAAGCUCUGA